AUGCAAGCAAAAACCUCCUUCAAGGAUUAUGUUAAAUAUUUAAAAGAAAUCAUCACAGUGGAACCGUUGAUUGCUUUCUAUCAGAUGGCAAUUUUUCUAUCGAAACCGGCUCUGGACAAUUUAGAAUUCGAAAAAGCUUGCAGGGUCAACUUAAAAUACAACUCUACAAUUUGCGAGGCAAUUUUGAGCGGCAACCACACUGUAUACUCAUUAGAAAAUAAAAAAGUGCAAACCGUUAUAAGCAAUAUGCAUUCUUGGCAGCAACCAGUGCAAAGCUUUACACCCUUGAUUUUGGUAUUAUUUCUCGGAUCGUUUAGUGACAGACACAAAUGGAGGAAACCGUUUCUUUUAAUGCCAAUCAUUGGAGAGUUAUUGGGAGUAAUUGGUUGCAUUUUGUGUUCAAUAUUCAUGAUAGGAUUACCAUUAGAAGCUCAAGGAAUUUCCCAAAAAGUCAUACCGUCUCUUUUAGGAGGCCAAACAAUGCUUGUGAUGGCUACUACAGCUUAUAUAGCCGAUAUAAGUUCCUUAAAAAUGCGGACAUUACGCUUGGGAAUUGUGCACACUGUCAUUAGUAUUGUUUUGCCUACAGUGCAAUCCUUUAGCGGUAUAUUUUUCGUUAAGGCUGGAUAUCAAAGUGUUUUAGGCGCAACAGCGUUUUUGCAUUUUUUGGCUUUAGUGUAUGGAGUAUUUUGGAUCAAAGAAAAGCAAAAAGAAUUUGACGAGGUGUUCACUUGGUGCGUUUUGGCGGACAUUUUCGAUCUUAAGCAUGCUAGAGAUACGUUUAAUUUGGUUUUGAAGCAAAAUGCUGAUAAUGACAGGUUGUUGAUAUGGUUAUUUGUUUCGAUGGCUUUUUUGCAUAGGUCUGCUUUUGAAGGAGAAACCAAUGUCCUUUAUUUAUACACUCAAAACGUAUUCCAAUGGACACCCCUAGAAUACAGCUACUUUUUAACGGUAAACUCCCUAGUUGUCCUAGGCGGACACAUAUUUGGCCUACCAUUUCUGACAAAAAUAAUGUAUUUUUCGGAUUCCACCAUCCUAUUGAUAACCACCAUGGACAAAAUUGUGACAAACAUAUUUUUUGGACUGGCUCAAAGUCCACUGAUUUUCUAUGCAGGUGUAGCUGUUAGUAUAGUUACCAGACUACACAGGACAGCUAAAAAAUCAAUAGCUACAAAAAUAGUGAGCAAAAACGAUAUAGGAAAAACGCAAUCAUUAUUGGGCAUUUGUGAUGUCCUAGGACCUGCAAUUUCUGUACCGAUUUACAAUAAAGUAAUUUAUUUAAAAACUUUUAAUAGUUUUCCAAGUUGUUUUUUCUUUGUCAGUAUUUUGUUGUAUGGCAUUAGCUGCAUUUUUGUUUUAGCCAUGUAUAUGAGACUUCACAGAAAAGAGAAGGCAAAUGAUGCAAGUUUGACUAAACUAGCUAUAGAUGAAGAUGUAAUGGAAACCCGAGUGGAAACCAUACAUAUGUGA